UCCCCUGUGCACUGAACUCUGUAAUGGUUGUUCACCAAGCCGGCGCAUUAUUUGAUGCGACCCGUAUAUUUAGCAGUGAAAUAGAGCUCUUCUUUCUUUUAUCCUUGAUCCUUGCUCUCGUAUUGUGACAAUUAUUGCGUGGCUGCUACAGUUGUUUAUGGAAGGACCGGCUGGUGCCACAAUGGAUGAGUUUAUCCAGGAGCCGACACUGUUUGACGAGGUGCUGCGCUAUGGACUGUAUGCCGGCGCAGUGUUCCAGCUGGUGUGCAUCGCUGCAGUCAUCUUCUCCCCUUCAGACGCCGACCACAAGACUUCUGAGAGUAGCGACGACGACACCUCGGACCAGGGUAGCCCGCACUCGUCGGCGGCUCACCGCAGUCAGCACCGUCGCCGGCUCGAGAAGAAGAAACGGCGCUAAUUAGCGCUUUCAGAUCGCAAAGCUCCGUACGCGCCGGCCAUCAGCGCGCUGAAGGCCACUUUUUCUGGCCUCUGGGCGGUAUCUGAUCUGUGGAGAUGCUGUGCUAAUCUGUCCGACAUGCUGUCCGUCGCAAGAGCUGGAGGCUCAAAUAUGGUGGGUCGGGCUUGUCAUUUUAUAUAGGUUGUCAAAUGAUGCGGCAAAGCCCUUUUAUUGCUUUAUUCCUUUCACUGCCGAGCUCGUUAUGGCAGCUUAUCAGAUCUCACUCAUCUUUAUUCAUUUUUAUACUGUUUGACAUGCCCUGCCUUCAUCUGCAGUAAACGUGCACAAAAUAGGACUUUGUGAUUUCGACAGGAUUAGAAUAUGCUUUUGCUAUUGUGCUUGCUUCAUGAUGCCGACGACUUUGGAGAACCUGUCGGUUUGGCAACCAUGAAGUAGCUAGUUUGGAUCAUUCUUAUUUGCUUUGGAAUCCUAUGGGCCAUCCGUCCAGCUGAAGCCUUAGUUGCCUUAGCCUUAGUUGCUCUCCAAGAGUUGAACAUCUUUCUUUUGAACACUUUUACAUGAUUUUAUAUUGACCUCCGGUCUAAAUCAUGACUUUACUGAAUAAUUAUGUCCAUAUUUGUUUUUGGAAUCCGAUGUUACACUGUGAUGUCAUGAAAAUAUACAUGCAUUAUUUAUUCAGA